GGCAGCAGUGCGCCAGGUAGCGUCCAGCCUGCCUUCUCCGGAGAAGAAGAAGAAGGACGUUGUUUCCAAGAUGGCUCCGGGUCUGGCUGCAGCAGCCCAUAGCAGCCGAGUGCUCGCUGUCUUCCCGCCGUUAAGAGAUGCCAGCUCGCUGUUAAUGUGACCAGAGAGCUCCGGGUCGUUACCGGGCGCUGUUACCGGAGGUUUGCGGAUGCCUCGUGUGAACCGGACCGCCGUGUUAUCUCUGCUGAUCGUCAGCAGCUCCGCGUUCCUGCUGUUCCAGCUGUAUUACUACCGGAAGUACGUCAGCAAGCUGCCGGGCCCUCACAUCCUGAGCCAGACCGGUCACCUGACCGCCAGCGACGUCCAAUGGCAAACGGUGAAGAAGUUUCUGGCGUUGGCUCAGCGCUUCGGGCUGCCGCUGUUCCUCGCCGACACCACCGCGCUGACGCUGCUCUCCCAUGAUGCUUUGCGGCAGCGCGACCGGCUGGUGCGUGAGCCGCACUGCAGCUUCCUGUGCACCGGCCGGCCAAUCACGUCGUUCGCCCUGCACGCCAACCUGUGGAAGUACGAGCCCAGCUUCCUAUUGGCCGCGGAGCAGAAAGGCUUCGAGCUGCUGGAGCUGCGUGGAGAAGACCCGCGAUUGGCCAGUCUGGACACCCUAUCAGGACAGGAGAUCCCACUGCACUUCCUGUUCCGCCUCCACGGCUACAUCAUUCAUGUGGUGUUCCUGUACGAGCGCAGCGGGAACUAUCUGUGGAGCGGAGCGUUGCGUCUCCGAGCCGACGCCGACCGAAGCUUUGCUCCGUUCAAACUGCUCGACUACGGUCGCCACGCUGGAGCGUACGACAGGCCGGAGUUGGUUCUGACGGUUCUGGACGGUCUCGAUGUUCGGAUCCCGCGAAACGUUUCCCGUUUCCUGUCCGAGCUGCGACACGCUCGCUUCCUGGAGUGCCGUUACCGUGAAGCUCGCAACUUCCUGCAGAUGUACCCUGACGAUGCCUCUCCGGUUGCCGUGGAGUUUCGGAGAAAAGUGAAGUUGCUGCUUCAUCUGGCCUCUCGAACCCUCGCUGCUCUCAACAUCCCGUUCUGGCUCAGCAGUGGCACCUGCCUGGGCUGGUUCCGGCAGUGCAGCGUGAUCUCAUACAGCCGUGACGUCGACAUCGGCGUCUUCAUCUCUGACUUCAGCUCUGACAUCAUCGGCGCCUUCACGGACGCCGGACUCUCCCUCAAACACAAGUUUGGAAAGGUGGAGGACAGUCUGGAGCUUUCCUUUCUGAGUGAUGAUGUUAAACUGGACAUGUUCUUCUUCUACGAGGACGGAGACGUCGUUUGGAACGGAGGAACUCAGGCCAAGAGCGGCAGGAAGUUCAAGUACGUCUUCCCGCCCUUCUCUCUAUGCUGGGCGGAGCUUCUGGAGCUGAAGGUUCGAGUCCCGUGUGAAACGCUCGACUACGUGACGGCAAACUACGGCGCAGCCUGGAACGUCCCGGUGAGGAGCUGGGACUGGAAGACGUCGCCUAGCAACGUGCAGGAAAACGGGGUGUGGCCUCCAGCAGAGUGGGCGGAGCUUAUCCAAGUUUACUGAGACACAAAACUACAAA